UUAGUUUACAGUUGGACGCUGGUCUGGCAUCAUCGCAUCAAUUGUGUGUCGACAUAGUCGGCUUUCUAUCGCGAAUUAGACUUACAUUACACACAUUCAGCCAUAAAUAAAGCUACAUACGAGAUAAAGCCAUAUCGUGUAUGCAACCCUUUUUUAAUAACUCUCUUAACUUAACAUUAUCAUCUUCGGUGUUUGCUUUGGCACCAUUUUUUUCGCCUCGUCGUCCCACUACACACACAGAUUUGUUUUGUCAUCGACAGUUAAUAUUUGCUGCAGCAGUUCCUCAGUCGCAAGUCAUCUCCACCUCGAAGUCAUGUCAGUUAGUCAGAGAUGUAUGGACAUAUUUGUUCAAGCAAGUAUUAAAAAGUGUAGUGAUUCUUAAAUAGAAAGGCUGGGUGGGGUACAGAUGUAUGUAAUUUUCUACAGUAAAUAAGUGCAUGUAUCGGUAGACAGAUAAGUUAAUUGUUGUGUGAUGUGAUGUGACGAGGUCUUCAGUAGUGCUGUCUUGAUGUCACGAGUGACAAGGGUACCCUUGAUUUUUUACGGUGGUGUGACUUGUGUCUUGGUUCAGAAAUAUAAAUAUAUUUCCAGGAAAAACAAACAAUACUUUGUUCCCUAAUCCAUAUAUAAAAUACCGUUGUGCGAUAAGACCUUAUCCAUCCCUUGCUCCGUCCGAAGUGCAAAAUUAUCAUUACACAUUUGCGUCGUCGUUUAUUUCUCGCGUGAUUUACGACAUCCUAAAUUUGUCUGGGUGGCAAUUAACGGAUAAGCGCUUUGUGAACUCAUGAUAUAUCAAACGUGACGAAAUUUUGAGUUUUACAACCUAAAACACAACUCUUAAAUAGAUAAUCGUUCAUUAAAGUCGUAUUUGUAUCAUCGCCGCAAAUGCGACAUUAGCAAAUUAAACGAUGGAAUAAUACCAGCCAGCACACAAUUUUUAGUCACCUUUAUUACCAACACAUACCAAAAUUACAGCUUAUUUUACAUCAUUCACCUGCAAUUGUACUCAUUGUAGGUUGAAAAAUUAAGGUGUCAUAUUUAUUUUUUAUCUUCAUCUCUUCGCCUCUACGUAAAUUGAGAUUCAUUCAAACUUUGACCAUAUCAGGGCCGAAAUUGAAAUUAAAUUAAUAAUAUUUACCUUCUCUUCUGACUCGGAUUACGAUAAUUAUUUCAUAUCAUCAAGGAUUAUUUAGUUGUUGUGUUGCUCGAUCUGAUCGUGAUUGACGAACAUUGUGCAAUAAAAGUCUAAAUUAAUGCUAGUUAGGAUUUAGUCCUUGCCUAUCAGUGCUGGAUAAUUGUAUUUCUGUGCAAAUUAUUUUGCAAACUUUUUCGCAUAACCUUGACUAAGGUUGAACAUUAUGUACACGGGCAGAUAAAUAAUACAACAAUAAGUGGUGCAAGUGUGGUCGUGAAUUUAGUGAAUAGAUAAGUAUUUUACGUAAAAUAAAUUUUGUGUGGAAAAUUUUUAUCUGGAUUGGAUUACAAUUGGAGAUUUUACUGAUUUUAUAAAAUCGUGCCGCAUAAAUAAACGACACCCUCUCCAACCUCAGUUUGGACGAGUUGGACAAUCCCGACGACGAAGUCCUCGUCCCACCGCCAAUUCCUGCCCCACGAAAAGACCGGAAUAACCACCACCCCCCACAAGACGACCACCUCUCCCCGCACCCAGAGGACGACGGUCUCAGCCCCACCUCAAACACCGCAAGUUUUGCAAGUGCCUUAAAUGGCAGUGUCCGAGUUUGCGUGACGGAUGCAGAUUUAGCCAUGGCAGACUCGCUCAGUCUCGACCUCCCCGUGGGGGCCCAGUACCUUCCCACCAGUGUCGAUUUUCCGAAGAGUCCUAGUCAACUCAAGAUACUGAAGGGACCCUCCUUCAUGCCAAAGGAAGAACCUGGCGUGGUGAGUGAGGAUGAGUCAAGCGUGUCAAGUUAUCAGGCUCACGUCGACGAUGUAAAUGGACAAGUCCGUCUUGUCAAGAAAGACUCCCUGAAACCGAAUUUCGUCAUUCCAGCAAUAAAUCUAGACCAAGUCGGGCUUUCUCCACCGGACGACCAGUCCGGAUCCUCCUCCUACCUCAGCGUUUCCCAUGAAAAUGACCCCAACGCGCUCGACGACUACAUCGAGGACUUCAUCCUCCCCAUGAGCCAUGAGUCCGUGAUGUCCCGACAGCUCUCCUUCCGACGCCAAGUUAGACGAACUUACGAUAAAAUCGCGGCCGAUAAAGCGACCCAAGAACUCGACAAGUUUGAAGCCAUGUUAUCCACGUACGACGAAGAGGACGAGAUCAACAGGUCCCUCACCCCAGAAAAUAAUAAUAAUUACAACAAAACCUCAACUCCCAUCCCGAAGGCGAGAAAUACGAUGAAAAAGUCGGAAAUCGUGACCCCCCUCAAGCCAAACUUUGACCUCCUCGAACCCCAAAGUCUACUCGAUAUUGAUGCCAUAGUUUGUGAAAACGCGCCCGAUUUAAUGUCCAUUCUUCCCCGGAGAAAAGGUUCCCAUAACGAUGCUACAGGACCUCCAACGCUUUCCGUGUCGAAUUCCACCUCCGAUUUGGAAUCCUUAUCCAACUACUUUCUCCCCCAGGAGACGAUCGAUAAGCUCUACGCGGUCUAUGAGUCGUCCAACUUCAAUAAUAUUUACUGUCUCAGCGGCGAAAUUAAGAAUAUCCUCAGCCCCAUCGAAAUUGAAGAGAUUCUCGACAACAAGGACAGACUGGAGAGAUUUAUCGACCCCAACGUCAUGGCGGCGUUGAGUUGGUCUCUCAACCCGGCGAGCUUACCUUCCCCGAUUAAUAAUCGCAGUAAUAAUAAUGAUGUCGGUAAUAAUAAAAUCCCGCCGAAAUCGGAUGACGGUGGGGGACUUAAAUCCAAAAGUUCCUCCAUGUCGAACGGCUUCCAUUCGGACGCUUCGUCCUCGUGUGAUGACGAUACGCACAGCACGUCCAGUAAUUCAACGCCGAAAACGGAACCCGCAGAUUUUGAUGAUGAAGGCAAAGGCGGCAGUGAGAGUGGGAUCGAGUCACCCAGCCCGACUUCGGACCUUCUCCAAAGAGCGACCCCACUCACGGCCUCGAUGCGAAGGAGGAUCGCUCUCUCGAAAGGGAUCCGUACCCCGAGUCUGGACGACGCCAGGACCACCACCCACGAAGAUGACGACGACGACAUGGACGAAGUCGACCUCGGCGUGGGCGAUGAAGAUUGGGAGGAUGACGAUAAUUCCAAUUCAAGAACCACGUCGAACAAUUCGAAUGGCACGUGUCUCGUGCGAAGCGACUCGAAACGGUUCUCUUUUAAGGGGAAGGACGGCCAGGUUAUCGCGGUCGAUCGCGUCGUGGAGGGUGUGUUUGUCGAGAGUAUGAAUUCCAAUCCGAAAGGGACCCUGCGUAGGGUGAAAGUCCCACUAAAUUUGAGUUCUGAGGACCCCGACGAGUUAGAAAUGAGCAGUCCUGAACCCACUAGUUUGAUAAGGGUGGAUAAUAAUCAGACUAAUAAUCCAGCUUCUUCUUCCUCCUCCUCCUCCCAAGUCAAACCUCCCAAACAGCCGGCCCACAACAGGAGGAAGAUUUCCGUCGAUGAAAAUAUUCUUAGUAUGAUUUCCUCCACCGAGUUUGACGACGGGCUUGGCGUUGGCGUUGGCGGCGGCAGUGGUGGCGGUGCCGGUGGCGACGACGCCUCGCAGGCUACGACAGCAUCCGAUAUUUUCUACUCGAUUAGAAAUUCUACCUUGAACAAUGACGACGAAAACACGAUGCGGACUGAGAACGGGGUGGACGAUGAUGAAAUCACGCUCGAUCUGGAUACUCCGGACGAUAUGGAAGAUUCCAUUAUGGGCCAACUCGAGUCAAUCGCGACUAGUCAUAAACCCGACGGGAUCCCAAACCUGCCUCGCGAUGAAGACGAGAUUGAUGCUUCGAUGCGUUGGAAACCUUAUCGCGUUGGCCCCGCUGACGUCCAAAUUGACCUCCAAGCUAUCCAGCCAUACCGGAAAUGCUUGUCGCAUGGAGGUUAUUUCGAUGCGGAGAAAAAUGUCGCCAUAAUUCUGUUUUCCGGAUGUAACUUACCCGACCGCAGUCAGAAGGACUACACUUACUUGAUGGAUCACCUAUUCCUAUAUGUCCUCUCCACACUUGAAGAACUGAUCGUAGAAGACUACAUUUUAGUAUAUUUGCACGGCGCCACACCCAAGAGCGCCAGCCCGACGUGGGCCUGGCUCAAAAAGUGUUACCAACUUAUCAACCAUCGCCUCAGGAAGAAUUUGAAGGGGAUUUACCUCGUCCAUCCGACCUUCUGGUUGAGGACGGUGGUCGCUUUAACGAGACCCUUCGUAAGCACAAAGUUCAGUCGCAAGAUCCGCUUCGUCUACACCUUAUCCGACCUCUGUCUCGAAAUUCCGACUGAACAUCUCGUCAUUCCAGACUCUGUCCUCCACUAUGACGCGGUGAGACAGGAAAUUCAAAACGCUAGAAAUGCUGCUAAAAAUAAGCAACAUGUCUAAAAAAAUUCAGCGUAUGACUUCGACCUGAAAGUGGACGACUUGAAGAAACGGAAAUUACUGAGUUGAUCCAACUUAUGGAAAUUUACAGCAAAUCCGCUAAAACCUGAAUGAGCUACCUUAACUUAACUUAAUUUAAUUAAGAAUUGCAUAUGUACUAAUCGUAUACUUGAAACACUUACACUUUACGUAACGACAUUGUUUAUACUUAAUUAAUUAGCAGCGAAACUAACAAAAACAAAAAGUAUUAGCAGCGCAAGAAAUCAAUCAAUAAUUUUAUCACGAGGAUAAAAAGUGUAUUAAGUAUUGUAUUGUAAAAUAGCUUAAUAAUAACCUUAUCGUUCGUUUUUAUCUAAAAAAACGCCUAUGAGAGAACAUUUUAACGCAUUUUUCAGCGAGGCAUUCUCUCGGAUCUUUGUAAAUUUAGUGCCAGUUUGCGUGCAAAGAUUACGAAGGAAAAGCAAGCCACAAGUUUGCAAAAUAAUUUCGCAAAAUUUUCCACUGUUUACAAACAUCCGAGUGAAUCGCUUCAAUAAUCUAAGAUAUCGAAAAAUAGCAAAAAUACGUAGCUCUUGUAUACUCUUCUACUUAAAAAAACUGUUAAUUGUGGGAAAAGCGGGUUAACUUUGGGACUUCGUUAAUCGUAACAAUUUGCUAAUAUUUAUUAAAGAUGAAGAUGAAACUUAAUGUACAACUCACCACUAACAAAGCAACAGCAAACGAGCGAGAAAAUUUUUACGGGACAGCUAUACAUGUUUAAGUUUUGUGGGAAUUUUCAUUCUAAAUUUUAUGGAUGAAUUUUUCAGUAUAAUUGCUAAAAAAUAUGCUUUAUAAUGAAUGAUAUACAUACAAUUUUGCCAUACUUGACAACUUUCUUGUUCGAGCUGAGUUUGUGUUUAAAUAAACUAAAAUAAUUUUUAAAAAAUGAAUGUAAUCGUAAUAUUUGUUUAAAAUAUUGGAAACGAAGAAAUAAAAAAAACUGGAUGAAAAUUU